AUGGAUACUGCCGAAACGAGUAACGACCUUCGCGACGUGCUCCGUGCAAAGCGCGCACAAACUCGUCCCCGAAUAAAUGUCAUCAUGGGUGGAUCACCUCCUUGCGGUGAUUCGGUUAGAGCAGUCAAGGACCAUCGAAGGCAAGCCACCACUUCCCAACGUUGGCCCCAGAAGCAAGUAGACGAUCAGCCGAUUACCUUUUCGUCUGACGAUACACUCGGCGUGCACCUCCCUCACAACGAUCCUUUGCUCGUCGUGCUCGGCGUCGACAAGUACGACGUUACAAAAGUGCUUAUCGAUACCGGGAGCUCGGUCGAUAUCAUCUUUCGCGAAACUCUCGUGAAAAUGGGAAUCGAUCUCAACGACGUCAAGCCUUCUACUCGGACCCUGACAGGAUUCAACGGGUCGUCAGAGGUAAUCGCAGGCACGAUCCGCCUCUCGGUUCAUGCAUGCGGAGUCACGCGAACGGUCAAGUUUUCUGUGGUCGGCUCCAAAGCCCCUUACCACGUUAUACUUGGCACCCCAUGGCUACAUUCAAUGCGAGCAAUCGCAUCAACGUACCAUCAGUGUGUUAAGUUCCCAGGAUCAGACGGAUCGAUCAAGACUCUGAAAGGCGAUCAGCAGGCUGCGCGAGAUCUCCUAAUCGCCACGGUUAAAAUUCAGCGCUCCCAGUCACUCGUCAACUCAGUCUCUCCCCCCGCGAGCAAAGUUUGUCCGCAAAAGGAAGAAGUUCUGGAAGUACCAGUUGACGACUCGGACCCGAGCAAAUCUGUCCGAGUAGGCGCGUUUCUACCCGACGAGAUGCAACAGAAGAUCCUCGAGUUUCUUAAGCAAAACCUGUCCUCAUUCGCCUGGACAAUGUCCGAUAUGAAAGGAAUCGACCUAGCUAUCACAACUCACGAACUCAAUGUCGAUCCCAACUUCAAGCCCAUUCGGCAGAAAAGAAGAAAGUUGGGACCGGAGCGAUCCAAAGCAGUCGCAGAAGAAGUCGAGCGUCUACUCGGCGCCGGCUCGAUCACCGAAGUUCGUUACCCGGAAUGGCUAGCCAACCCGGUGGUCGUUAAAAAGAAGAACGGUAAAUGGCGCGUCUGCGUCGAUUUUACCGACCUCAACAAAGCAUGUCCUAAGGACAGCUACCCGUUGCCUAGCAUCGAUCGCCUAGUCGAAUCGACGGCCGGUAACGAGAUGUUGACGUUUAUGGAUGCCUUCUCGGGCUACAACCAGAUCCUGAUGCACCCGGACGACCGGGAGAAAACUGCUUUCAUCACUGAUCGGGGAACCUAUUGUUAUAAGGUGAUGCCAUUCGGGUUGAAAAACGCUGGAGCAACCUACCAGAGGCUUGUCAACCGGAUGUUCGCCGACCAGCUGGGGAAGACGAUGGAAGUCUAUAUCGACGACAUGCUCGUCAAAUCCCUCCGAGCCGACGACCACCUAGCGCACUUAAAGGAAUGCUUCGCCAUCCUAAACAAGUACGGGAUGAAGUUGAAUCCCGCCAAGUGCACCUUUGGCGUCUCCUCGGGUGAAUUCCUUGGUUACAUUGUCACGCAACGAGGAAUAGAAGCUAACCCGAAACAGAUCUCAGCAGUCCUAAAUCUCCCCAGUCCGAGAAACUGCCGUGAAGUGCAGAGACUAACAGGACGCAUCGCCGCACUUAAUCGCUUUAUCUCCCGAUCUACCGACAAGUGUCUCCCCUUCUAUGAUCUCCUCCGAGGGAACAAGAAGUUCAUUUGGGACGACAAAUGCGAGGACGCAUUCGUUCAACUCAAGCAGUACUUGACGACUCCUCCCGUCCUGGCCAAACCGGACGUGGGAGACGUCCUGUCUCUCUAUAUCGCUGUCUCCUCAGCAGCUGUCAGUAGCGUCCUAAUCAAAGAGGACCGUGGCGAGCAGCGUCCGAUUUUUUACACGAGCAGACGGAUGACUGGUCCGGAGACCAGAUACCCAACCCUUGAGAAACUGGCUCUGGCCGUCGUUGAUUCUGCGAGGAAAUUACGACCCUACUUCCAAUCACAUUCUAUCGAAGUGUUGACCGACCAACCGCUCCGCACCGUCCUGCAAAAUCCCAACAGAGCUGGCCGGUUGACUAAGUGGGCGAUCGAACUGAGCGAGCUUGAUAUUACGUACAAAUGCCGAACAGCCGCCAAAUCUCAAGUCCUCGCCGACUUCCUUGUCGAGCUCACACCAAAUCUUGCACAAGACCUUGACAUUCCAAGCCCCAACUGGAUUCUUCAUGUCGACGGAUCGUCAACGAGCAAAGGAUCCGGUGCGGGAGUCCAGCUUCAAUCGCCAACGGGAGAACUCAUUCGCCAGUCUUUCAGUUUCGGCUUCCCGGCCUCUAACAACAAAGCAGAGUACGAGUCGUUGAUCGCGGGUCUCCGUCUCGCCCGAGCCGUCAAAGCCAAACGCUUGAGCGCUUAUUGCGACUCGCAGCUCGUCGCUAGCCAGUUCAGCGGCGACUACGAUGCCCGCAACGACAGAAUGGACGCAUAUCUCCGGGUGGUUCAAGAGCUUGCUAGGGAAUUCGAUUUCUUCGAACUCACCAAGGUUCCCCGCGGAGAGAAUGUUUGCGCCGAUGCCCUAGCUGCACUCGGGAGCAAACUCCACGACCAGGUCAAAAGGACGAUACCCAUACAUCGGAUCGACAGACCGAGCAUCGAUCCUCCUUCCGACGAAAAUCUUCCCAUCGCUCCAAUCUUCGCAACAACUCGACGAUCCACCACAGAUCUCACUGACACCGAGAUGCCCGAUCAUGAAGACACCCCAAUCGAUUGGCGAGCCGAGUUCCUCGAUUAUCUCAUCCGUGAAGAAUUGCCAAAAGAUAAGUGGGCAGCGAGACGCCUGAAGAGACGCAGCGCCCACUACGUCGUUAUGAACGACGAACUUCAUCGAGUAACCGCGAACAAGGUCCUCUUAAAGUGCAUCCAGGGCGAUGAAGUGCGACGAGUGAUGGCUGAAACUCACGACGGAGCAGGAGGAAACCACUCGGGAGGCCGAGCUCUUGCCCUCAAGGUUCGAAGCUCGGGAUUCUUUUGGCCAUCUAUGAACACUGACUGCGAAGCAUACGCCCGUCGGUGCGACAAAUGCCAGCGUCACGCUCCGAGCAUCCACAGUCCCACCGAGCUGUUGCGGAUAUCUACCGCUCCUUAUCCGUUCAUGCGGUGGGGAAUGGACAUCAUCGGGCCAAUGCCGAAUUCACGCCAACGUCGUUUCAUCCUGGUCCUCACCGAUUAUUUCACUAAGUGGAUCGAAGCUGAGGCUUUCUCACAGGUGACGGACAAGGAAGUCCGCACCUUCGUCUGGAAGAACAUCAUCUGCCGCCAUGGUUUACCAUACGAGAUCGUAACGGACAAUGGCUCUCAGUUCAUGUCCGGAAACUUCAAGGAAUUCUGCAGAAACGGACAGGCGGAAUCCUCCAACAAGAUUAUCAUCGAUGGGAUCAAGAAACGACUCGACCUCAAGAAAGGCCAUUGGGCCGACGAACUGGACGGCAUCCUCUGGUCGCACCGAACGACUCCUCGUGGUGCGACCAAAUCCACCCCUUUCUCUCUUGCUUACGGGAUGGAAGCAAUGGCCCCCGCCGAAGUUAACGUGACGAGUCUUCGGCGCGCCAAGAUGCCUCAGUUCGUCGAACUCAAUCAAGAUAUGCUCCUCGACGCCCUCGACGAACUCGAGGAGAAACGUGAUCAGGCACUUCUUCGGAUCCAAAAUUAUUAA